AUGAUGGUAAAGCUCCCAAGAGAACAGCUUGAAAGAGGAGUAAUAUGUUCAUCAGCUGGAAACCAUGCACAGGGCGUGGCAUUAUCCGCUCAGAAACUAGGCUGCAAUGCUGUGAUCGUUAUGCCUGUCACUACACCUGAAAUAAAGUGGAGGUCAGUUGAAAGAUUAGGAGCAACUGUUGUACUGUUUGGAGACUCAUAUGAUGAAGCCCAGUUCUAUGCAAAAAAACGGGCCGAAGAGGAGGGCCGAACAUUUAUCCCUCCUUUUGACCAUCCGGAUGUCAUUACGGGCCAAGGGACUGUCGGGAUGGAAAUUGUGAGGCAGAUGAAAGGCCCAAUAGAAGCAAUAUUCGUGCCUGUGGGUGGCGGUGGGCUAAUAGCCGGGAUUGCUGCUUAUGUGAAAAGGGUCUCUCCAGAAGUGAAAAUAAUUGGGGUCGAACCUUUUGAUGCAAAUGCAAUGGCUUUGUCACUGCAACAUGGCCAGCGAGUGAUGCUGGAUCAAGUGGGAGGUUUUGCUGAUGGCGUGGCAGUCAAGGUGGUGGGUGAAGAGACCUUUCGCCUUUGCAGGGAGCUGAUAGACGGUGUGGUUCUAGUGAGCCGUGAUGCAAUUUGUGCAUCGAUAAAGGACAUGUUUGAGGAAAAGAGGAAUAUUUUAGAACCAGCAGGUGCCCUUGCCCUGGCUGGUGCUGAAGCUUACUGCAAGUACUAUGGACUUAAGGAUGCAAAUGUUGUAGCUCUGACCAGCGGAGCUAACAUGAAUUUUGAUAGAUUGAGACUGGUAACUGAGCUUGCAGAUGUUGGUAGAAGAAGAGAAGCUGUAUUGGCAACUUAUAUGCCUGAGGAACCUGGAAGCUUCAAGCAAUUCUGUGAGCUGCUGCGACCUAUUAAUAUUACUGAAUUCAGAUACAGAUUUAAUUCGGACAAAGAAAAAGCUUUAGUACUGUGCAGUGUGGGUCUUCACACCAUAGAAGAACUUGAUGCUAUGGUAGAAAAACUGAAGUCAUCUCAGCUACAUAUAAUCAAUCUUACAGAAAAUGACCUGGUCAAAGAUCAUUUGCGACAUUUGAUGGGUGGGCGAUCGAAUGUUGAACAUGAGCUUCUGUGCCGUUUUAUUUUCCCUGAGCGACCAGGUGCCUUGAUGAAAUUCCUUAAUGCUUUCAGUCCACGUUGGAAUAUAAGUUUAUUCCAUUACCGGGGACAGGGAGAAACUGGGGCAAACAUCUUGGUCGGUAUCCAAGUGCCCGGUUAUGAGAUGAACGAGUUCAGGGAUCGUGCAGAUAAUCUCGGUUAUGAAUAUGAACUCGAGACUGGAAACGAAGCUUUUCAGCUUUUAAUGAGGUGA